AUGGCUGAGAUGGUCAGUUCUGCCAUCGUUGGGGAGGCAGUUAGCCUGAUCUUUUCUGGCAUUGCCCCCAGCAGCAGAAACGACGACAAAUCAGAUGAAGAAGCAGCCGGAGGUGGUGGCCUGGAGAGGCUAGAGAUGGCGCGCAUCAAAAUGGAGGCCGCGCUCGAGACGUCCGACAGGUGGCAGAUCAGCGACAGGUCGCUGCUCCAUUGGCGAAAGAAGCUGAAGCGCGCUGCCCAGGAUUGCGACGACGCCGCGCGCAGAUGCAGGCGGCUUUCUCGGGAGGAAGAGGAAGCAGAGCUCGCGGUAAGGCAAUCCUCGUUUCCUCGACGUGUCGCUCACGCGACCAAGUCGCUCAUCUCCUCUCUCGUCGGCGGCGACAGUGAUCGCCGCUCGGCGGUUAGCUCCACAACCGUCCGGAGAUUCGAGAGGCUCGCAGACGGCGCCGGUGAAUUCAUGAGAUAUGUGCAGCUGGGUGGGACGCCACGGCAAAACCUGUUCUUCGACCCUCUCAUCGGGCAUAUCUUCGCGGGCAAAACGGUUAUGUAUCAGGUGUUGCAUCCGGGAGGCAAGUAUCACUUCUUCAGCAUAAAGCUGGCUGGCUUCGAGGAGCGCGGGCUAGAGGCCAUGCUGUCCUUCACGUACGAAGACCGCGAGGCGCCCAAGAACAAUUUCGGGCUCCAGGCCAUGCUGCGUCUCUCGGAGAGUACGGACGUAAUUGGAACCACAGUCAAGUGCUUGCAGUUGAUGACGCCUCACUUCAAGGCCAUGGCCCGCGUUGCCAUCGGAGAGAUCACCCAUCUCCCCACGCAAGAUUUCUCCUGCGUUGCACGCAUGGAACACUGGAAAAUCUGGAACCAUGCUCACAGGACUUUGACUGGAUGGUUCCGUCCGGAUCCGUUGUGCUGUCAGGGACAGGGGUACGAUCACGAUCACGACAUGGUGCCUUCUUGCCACGGCGACAACGGAAAAGGAAAUAAAUCGAGCGUAUUUCCUGAACCGGUCUUCCAAGUGCUUCUUCGGCGUUACAUCUCACUAUCUAAGUACCGUGACAUGUCGGGAUCAACCGCAGUCACUGGUCAUGGCGACACGUCUUGUUUGGAUAAUUGCCCGCGUUUCAAGCUUGGGAUUCUGUUCCUGCCUCAUGACUCUCUGGAGGACCCAAAGUCUGCCGGUUGUGCUAUAGAUGUGGUCGAUAGAGCGAAUCAACACCACCUCACACAUGUAAAUGUUCAGUCGGACCAGCUCGACAAGAUGUUUCUCCCCAAGGCGAUCGAUUAUCUUCGUCGAAACGCCGAGGCCAUGAUGUACAAGGCAUGCUGGAGGUCCAACCAUGGCAGUGCGCACCUAUGUGCGGAAAAGAGAGGCGCAGAAAGAAUUCUCAGAGCAUGUGUUGCCACACGACAAGGUAGAAACAUCAAGAGUACCGAGGAGCUUCGUCUUCUGCAGCUGGAUAAGCAGGUGCAGAGUUGGAAGCAUAUAGCCGGGGCUUUCCUAAAACUAUGGGUUGUGCGUUCCUCCGAGAGGCUGCGGAGCUCCUUUACCGUUUGGUUCAAUGAGUUAGGACAAAGCUUGUGA